CUCCCUCUCUUUGUCCACCGCGUCGUCGUCGUCUCCAUCCCCCGCCCCCCCUGUUAUAUUACAACCCCGUCGGGACUACACUGACCACCACCGCCUCGAAUCCAUCGCUCCACUACUCGAACCCGACUCACCGGCGCCUACUCCCGCUUGGCUCCCGGGCCCAUUCGUCGACCCGUCGCCGGCGAAAGCGCGCCUCCAAGCUCCUCCCGCUGAAGCGAAGGCGCCACAUCGGAGGAAUUGUAGUUUGUCUGUCCUCCUCUUCUCGACAGCGCGGAGCGGAGAUCCGAACGGACUUGGGAUCGAUUCCUUCCCUUUUCUCGAUUCAGGGCGCUAGCAGUUCCCGAGGGAAGCUCCUGGGGACAUGGACAUGGCAUUGCCCGUUGUGAAUGCCACAGCGGCAGUGCUCGCCCGUGUCUCGGCUGCAUUCAAUGCCCCCCUUGCCCGUGCAGUCGUCUUUGGGGUCCAUAUUGAUGGGCACUUGGUCGUAGAAGGACUGCUUAUUGCAGUCAUAGUGUUUCAGCUCUCCAGGAAGAGCUACAAACCACCAAAGAAACCACUCACUGAAAAGGAGAUUGAUGAGCUAUGUGAUGAGUGGGAGCCAGAGCCGCUAUGCCCUCCAAUCAAGGAGGGGGCCAGAAUAGAUACUCCAAUGUUGGAAAGUGCCGCUGGACCACAUACGAUUGUUGAUGGUAAAGAAGUUGUGAACUUUGCAUCAGCAAACUACCUUGGUUUAAUUGGCAACGAAAAGAUUAUUGAUUCUUGCAUUGGUUCACUGGAGAAAUAUGGUGUUGGGUCUUGUGGUCCACGUGGCUUCUAUGGAACAAUUGAUGUCCAUCUUGACUGUGAGUCAAAAAUAGCUAAUUUCCUGGGGACUCCAGACUCCAUUCUGUAUUCAUAUGGGAUUUCUACAAUAUUCAGUGUGAUACCUGCCUUCUGUAAGAAAGGAGAUAUCAUAGUCGCUGAUGAGGGUGUUCACUGGGCAGUGCAAAAUGGUCUCCAUCUAUCAAGAAGCACUGUGGUGUACUUCAAGCACAAUGAUAUGGCUUCACUUGCAAGCACUUUGGAAAAACUUACUCAUGGAAAUAAACGUGCUGAAAAGAUUAGACGCUACAUUGUUGUAGAAUCCAUUUACCAGAAUUCUGGCCAAAUUGCCCCCUUGGAUGAGAUUGUCAGGUUGAAGGAGAAAUAUCGUUUCCGUGUUAUUCUGGAGGAGAGCCAUUCUUUUGGGGUGCUUGGCAAGUCUGGGCGUGGCCUUGCUGAACAUUAUGGAGUUCCUAUUGAAAAAAUUGAUAUCAUCACUGCUGGAAUGGGAAAUGCAUUAGCUACUGAUGGUGGUUUUUGUACAGGAAGUGUCAGAGUUGUUGAUCAUCAGCGUCUAAGCAGCUCUGGGUAUGUUUUCUCUGCAUCUCUGCCACCUUAUCUUGCCAGCGCUGCUGUUUCUGCUGUCAACUACCUGGAGGAGAAUCCCUCAGUUCUUGCAAACCUAAGGAGCAAUAUUGCUCUUUUGCAUAAAGAACUAUCAGAUACUCCAGGGCUUGAAAUUUCCAGCCAUGUUCUGUCACCUAUCGUCUUCCUUAAGCUGAAGAAAUCAACUGGCUCUCCUACCACUGAUCUAGAUCUUCUUGAAACUAUUGCUGACAAGGUCUUGAAGGAAGAUUCAGUUUUCAUUGUGACAUCAAAGAAGUCAAAUCUGGAUAGGUGCAAACUUCCCCUUGGAAUCCGCCUGUUUGUAUCAGCUGGACAUACUGAAUCAGACAUCUCCAGGCUUUCCUCAUCCUUGAAGAGGGUUUCUGCAUCAGUUCUUUCAGACUACUUUUGAUCCACAUCGAUUUCCCUUGAAGAUGAAAGCCAUCCAUUUUCUACGCACUUUGUACUCUAGGCCGCGUGUGUGUGUGUGUGUGUGUGUGUGUGUGUGUGUUUGGUAAAUGUACAUAACCUGUACAUUUCUACAUGUUCUGAAUUCACCUUGUUGUUGCUCAUACCCAUAGUACUUGCAAAAUAAAAUUUUGUAGAACAGUUAUGUUGAAGAAUAGUGCGUUUGUGCUGUACAUCUUGCUGAUUUCCCUGUAGUGAUGAUUCCCCUGUAACCUCAUCCACAAAAUAUUGGCCGUCUUGCCUAUCUGAAUCCACAUAUGGGCUGUUCUUUUC